UGUCAUUAUCAGCUUUCUGGACACAGAGACAGAAUGGACUUCCUGCGGCUCUACCUCCCUGGGCUGCGUCAGGCCUGGAGAGGGGCACUGGAUUCCUUCAGUGCCUUUGUCUCCUACCUCAUGGGAGAUGAGGUCCCCACAGUAGAGAGGGAGGCACGGGCAGCCACGGAGCUGGGGGAGGUUGUGGAGGAGGAAGCCCAAGAGGCGCUGGAGGGCCUUAGUGGCAGCCCAGGCGAGGCAGGUGGAGAGGUGGGAAGAUGCCAGGAGGAACGCUCAGCGACAGAACAGCCCCCGGGGUGGGGAGAAGGCAGCUCCCACGGGUCCUGGGCAGAGAGGCAGGCCCCGGGGGCUGGGGAGGCGGCCCAGGCUGCCAGGUGCCAGGAGCUGAGUGCCUCUUUGGAGCAUGUGACGUCUGGGGCUCACCGAGACAGCAGCAGCCAAGCCCAGGAGAGGCAGGAGCCCAGGGAACAGGAAGUGAGCAGGGGGGAGCUGCCGAGGAUCUGGGAACAGGACAGGGAGGAGGAAGAGGUCAGGGCAGGAGAGCCAGGGAUGGCCAGAGGGGCGGAGCCAGAGUGGACCUGGCACAGAGAGCCCGAGGGGACAGCUGGUGCUGCCGGGCAGGAGGGGCAGGAGAUGGCAGGAGGCGACAUCGAGGAAACGGAGGAGCCCGGGGCCAAGAAGGCUGAGAGAGAAGAGGGAGUGGCAGUGGGGAGAAGUGGCCCGAGCACUGGGGCAGAGGCUGAGGACGGGGCAGCCUUGGCCGAGGAGGAGGAGGAGCAAGAGGAGGCGGAGGCCUGCGCAGCCCUGAGCAGGGAGGAGGCUGAGCUCCUGGGAGUCAGGGAGACAGCAUAUGGGCCAGUCCAGAGGGAAAAGGCCCCAGAGACCCAGGCCCUGGGAGCUGAGGGCCCCACAGCAGGUGGGGAGGCUGCUGCGGGCCAGGAGGAGGCUGAGGAGGGCUUUGGGGGCCAGGCCAGCCAGCUCUGCGCAGAGGCGGCGGGGAGGCAGGGCCCGGAAUUCGGGGCUGAUGCGCCCAGGGUGCAGGAGGCAGUGCGGGCAGAGGAGGCCCAGGAGAGAGGGAGUCAGGGGGCCACAGAGACUGAGCCACCGCCCGCCAAAGAGGCGCACCCUGAUGCUGACUUGGAGGCCGCCCCAGAGACCAGGCCCGAGGAGGAGGAGGUGGGAGGGGAGAGGAAGAGCGAGGAGGUGCAGAGGAGCCGAGAAGCACUGGGGGAGGAGUGGGGCUCUGGGGGCCAGGACUGGAAGCUGAUGGGAGGUGCCCAGAUCCCAGCGGAGCAGCCAGAGGAGGAACGGGGCGCUUGGGGAGAGCCAGGGAGCGGAGCAGCCCUGAGCGGAGUGAGGACAGAGGAAUGCUCCAGGGACGUGGGGUCUGCAAAGCCCGAGGUCCCAGAGGCAGACGCCUGGGAAAACCAGAGGAGGGACAUCUGGGAGGAAAGAGGGAACGCAGCGCAGGAGGUGGCUGCAAGAGGCCAGGCCCUGGAGGCCGAGGCCAAGGACGAAGGAGGCGGGGAGAUCCCGGGCAACGCAGGUGGAGAGUGGGAGAGAGCAAAGGAAACUGGGUGUGGAGCUGGGGAGGGCGAGGCCUCCGAGGCCCAGAACCAAGAGGUGACCGGAAGCCACGGGACGGGGGAAGGGACAGGCUGGUUCCCGGGACAGUCAGAGGCCAGAGAAACCGCGGACAGGCAGUGGGAGGCAGUUGGAGCUCCUGGGGUGGGCUGCAGGCCACAGGAGGGGGCUCAGAGCCUGCAGGACAGCGGGGCCGCGCCGCCCGCUCCUUCAGCCGAGAACAUGCAGGAUGCAGCCGUGCCCGGUGUGAGCACCGCUGAGGCCAGCGAGGGGACCGAAAGGGAGGCGUUUGAGAGAGGCUCGGAUUCAGUUGCGAGGGAGGAGGCUGGCGGAGGCCAGGAGCUGGUGCAGGCUGCAGAGGGAGAGACCCAAGCAGGGCAGGAGUUUGGCCCGCAGGGCUCAGCAGAGGAGGUGACAGGCAGAGAGGACCACACGGAGACCUGGAGGCCCAGGGAGGAGCAGCAGGCCGAGGUGGGGGCAUCGGCGGUGGCAGAAGGGAGUGACGGGAUGGGUCGCCGUAGCUCGGGCUCCCAGGCAGCCAGGGCAGAGGAGCUCGGAGCCCUAGUGGAGACCCUCGGGGAAGAGUGGAAGCUUCUAGAAGAGGCGGGGGGAAGGCAAGCAAGUGAGCAAAGUGAGGGAUGGUGCGGGGUGCAUCGCCCAGAGGGAGAGGCCUGGGGACUCCCUAUGGAAGGCAUCCAGGUGACCGGAGACCAGCGGGUGGGGGCCGAAGACUCGGAUCCAGAAGGCAUGGUAGUCAUCCAGAGCGAGGCAGGGCCACCACCAGCCCUGGCCCCUCCUGAGGCCCUGGGAGACGCCGGCAGCAGCUGGAGCGAGGACCUGCUCCCUGGCGUGCGCCUGGACGUCUCUGUCCCACGGAGCCGCGCACUCCUGUCCCGGAGCUCAUCCCAGCGUCGCUCCCGGCCCUCCUUCCGGCGGACUCUCGGCCCCAAGGAGCAGGAGGGACCUCCCAGCCCGCAACCCGAGGAGGGGCCGUCGGCCCCCGCGGAGAGACUUCUCCAGGCACAGGAACCCCAGGAACCAAGCCCUCCAAGGCCUGAAGGGACCCCAGUGCCAACCAGGAGGCCCCUGGGACAAGGGUUUGGCCUUGCACACCCUGGCAUGAUGCAGGAGCUGCAAGCCCGCCUGGGCCGGCCCAAGCCGCAGUGAUGGGGAGCUGACACCCCGAGAGUCAGACCCUGAGGAGGGGACAGAAGACCCCCAGGCCCGCUCGCCUCCAGCGCCCCUUGUCACCUUGGACACACGUGUUCCCUUCCCCGAGCCUCAGUUUCUAAGUGUGUUCUUUGUGGCGCAGACAAAACCAGACAUCUGCAAAGACCUUGAACUUCCUGAGUCUGGCUGUGGACCACUUACCCCCCUGGAACCACCACCCACGGGUCCCUGCCCUGCCGACCUCCCCAGCCUGCCUCGGGGGCCCAGACAAAGGACAGGGGACAGAGCUGAUUCUCGUCUUUCUGCUCCCAAACUCUGCACGCACUCUGCUGACUGUGACACCUCUGUCACUUUUGGGGGUCAAAGCCAGGUUCAGGGGACCUGGGGGGCAUUGCUAGGAAGCAAAGGUUGAUGGGUAACAGACCAGUUUCUGGAGCAUCCGGAACAGUCACUUGGUCUCAGAACUGGUUACUGUGGCAACCGCCAGCUCUGCAGGCCAGAGAUGGGGACAAUGGGUAAGGAACCCCAAAAAUGAAGGUGCAGAGGGAGAGGCCCAGGGAGAACCGGGGCCACCAACUCCCUCCCAGGCCCUCCUGCCCCACAGGUGCCGGUCCCCCUUCUCUGAAAGGAAGCAGAGACCAGGGCGAGGGUGAGAGGGCUUUAUUAGGACCCAACAUGGUGGCCUAGCCCAAGGACGAUACAAUAAAU